ACCGCGGUAGUCACGUGAUAUAUGCAAACAUCGGCGCGUCGCCGUCACGUGAUCGCGAAUGUCACGUGAGCGACGCCAACACUGGGCGCCACCGUUGUCACGUGACCUCCGGGGCUGAGAAGGGGGUCCGGUCCCUGAGGAGCCCCCGCAGCCCCGUUAUCAGCCCUGGGGCGGUGAGGAGGCUCCUGUGCAGCAGGGUCGCGGGGCACCGGGGUCCAGCGCAGCGUCGCCCGUUCCCCUCCGCAGCUCCCGACCCUCCCGUUUUCUUUCCCGGAGCCGGAGACCGAGGAUGAUCGCCCACAGGGACCCCAAGGAGGAGCUGUGGCUCUCGCACCUCGGCGCCUGCGAAGCGACCGGUGUAGACGAAGAUGGGAUUGUGAGCAAGGAAGAGGAAAAUGCCCACCAAGGCGUCCCUGGGGCAGCAAAACGUGAGGGUUUACUCUCAGGACUCUCCAAGGAGAACAGUUCCCAGAGUCCCACAGAGGACCCACUCCUCCCACGCCAGUCAGGAAGGGUUCCAAGACCCCUGCAAAAGAGGCAAAGCCGAGUGACGCUUUGUGGGAAAAGUUUCAGGAGGCUGCCAGAUAUUAUGCAGCAGAGAAAUCCUUCUGCAGGGAGAAUGACGAUAUGUGGCGAUUGCGGGAAGAGCUUCCGGGUGAGCUCCAACCUCGUCCAGCAUCGGAGAAUCCACACUGGAGAGAAACCCUUCGCUUGUGCCGAGUGCGGGGAGAGUUUCCGCCAGCGGUCGCAUCUCAGCCAGCACCAGCGAAUCCACACUGGGGAGAGGCCCUACGAGUGCUCUGAGUGUGGAAAGAGCUUCAGUAUGAGCUCGAAGCUGAUCCGGCACCAGGUAACCCACACCGGGGAGAAGCCCUACAAGUGUGCCGAGUGCGGGAAGAGCUUUUCCGGGAACUCACAGCUGGUCCAGCACCAGCGAGUGCACACUGGGGAGAAACCCUAUGUGUGCAGCGACUGCGGGAAGAGCUUCAGCGUGAGCUCAGCCCUGACGCGACACCAGCGGGUCCACACCGGAGAGAAACCAUACGAGUGCAGUGACUGUGGGAAGAGCUUCAGCCAGAGCUCUGAGCUCAUGAAACACCAGCGCGUGCACACCGGGGAGAAGCCAUAUGGGUGCUCCGAGUGCGGGAAGAGCUUCACUGUGAGUUCUGCCCUCAUCCAACACCGGCGGUUCCACAUGGGCGAGCGUCCCUAUGGUUGUACUGAGUGUGGGAAAAGCUUCACUGUCAGCUCCCACCUCAUCCAGCACCGCCGCUUCCACACCGGGGAGCGCCCUUUUGAGUGCACGGAGUGCGGGAAGAGCUUCCUAUGGAGAUCAGCCCUGCUCCGGCACCACCGGGUACACACAGGGGAGCGGCCCUAUGCCUGCGCUGAUUGUGGGGACAGCUUUCGGCAGAGCGCCCACCUCAUCCAGCACCGGCGCAUCCACACCGGGGAGCGGCCGUAUGCCUGUGCCGACUGUGGGAAGGGCUUCACCGUGAGCUCUGCGCUCCUCCGGCACCAGCAGAUCCACAGGGGUGGGGAGCCCUAGGAGGGGUGACUGGAGGAAGCAGUGAGAUCCGAUACCCUGUGAGCACCGCUGCGGAGCAAAGCCCAGCAUCUCUCUCUCGUUGCUCCACCGACCGCCCUGUCUGUGGAGGGUGAAAGCUGUUUUUAUAUUUGGGAAAACGAUUCCUAAAAGAGAGAUGGAAGAAGGGGAGAGUCAGUGCAAGGAGCAGAGUUGGAGGUUUGAGGAAGAGCCCAUGCCACGACAUGGGAAGGAGGUAGCGUUGUGAGGGAUAGUUCGAGGGGGAGGACGGAAGGAGGCAGCUUGAAGAGGCUGAAGUAUACUUGGUGGUGCGUUGUAGAGAGGAAAUUAUGUGGCCUUUUCUCUGUGCAUGCACUUCAGACAGUUUCUGGACGUAACAAACUGGACCAGCUGGGAGCCUGCGAUGCUCUGAUGGAGCAAAAGCUCUGGCCUUGCUCCCUGCCUUGCUGUUGGCAGUGUUGCCAGGUUCCCGUCCCCAGGCUGUGGGCUGGGCUGUGCCACAGAGACAGCAAGGCUUGGUCCUGGUCCUGGCUCUGUAGCUGGAGCCAUCACAAACCAUCAGCAUGAACGGGCGAGGCCGAAGCACUCAGCAGGAGCUGAAAGGUGGCUAGUGAGAAUCAUAGAAUUGUUUGGUUGGAAAAGGGCUUUGAGAUCAUCGAUUCCAACCAUACCUGUCCACUAUUAAACCAGAUCCUUAAGCACCGCAUCUGCCCAUCUGUUAAUCCCCUCCAGGGAUUCCCAGGGAUGGGGACUCUCCCACUGCCCUGGGCAGCCUCUGCCAGGGCUUUACCACUGUCAGUGAAGAAAUCUUUCCUAGUAUCCAAUAUGAACC